CGGCGCGCGUGAUGGCUCCAGCCGGGGACCGUGAGGGCUACUGGGGCCGCACGACUUCCACCCUGGACUGGUGCGAGGAGAACUACGCGGUGACCUGGUACAUCGCCGAGUUCUGGAAUACAGUGAGUAACCUGAUUAUGAUUAUACCUCCAAUUUUUGGUGCAAUUCAGAGUAUUAGAGAUGGACUGGAAAAGCGGUACAUUGCUUCUUAUUUAGCACUCACAGUGGUAGGAAUGGGAUCCUGGUGCUUCCACAUGACUCUGAAAUAUGAAAUGCAGCUAUUGGAUGAACUCCCAAUGAUUUACAGCUGUUGUAUGUUUGUGUACUGCAUGUUUGAAUGUUUCAAGAUCAAGAACUCAGUAAAUUACCAUCUGCUUUUUACCUUAGUUCUAUUCAGUUUAAUAGUAACCACAGUUUACCUUAAGGUAAAGGAGCCUGUAUUCCAUCAGGUCAUGUAUGGAAUGUUGGUCUUCACAUUAGUACUUCGAUCUAUUUAUAUUGUUACAUGGGUUUAUCCAUGGCUUAGAGGACUGGGUUAUACAUCUUUGGGUAUAUUUUUACUAGGAUUUUUAUUAUGGAACAUAGAUAAUAUCUUCUGUGAUUCACUGAGGAACUUUCGAAAGAGGGUACCACCUAUUAUAGGUGUUACUACACAAUUUCAUGCAUGGUGGCAUAUUUUAACUGGCCUUGGUUCUUAUCUUCACAUUCUUUUCAGUAUAUAUACAAGAACACUUUACCUGAGAUGGAGGCCAAAAGUAAAGUUUCUCUUCGGAAUCUGGCCAGUGAUCCUGUUUGAGCCUCUCAGGAAGCACUGAUGAAUUAUUCCACCAAGAAAACAAAAAAAAACACCUACCAUAGGCCCGGCCAAAUGAAUAGGGAAAUCCUUAAAGAUUUACAUGUUCAAAUAUAUCAUGACCAUCGCAGCAAAGGAGUGGCUUUCUUACUAACGCUGCCAGUCACACAGAGAAUGAGGAGUGGGGCUUGUUGGAUGUUUAGCUUAUGUCGUUAUCUCAUUUGUUCUCCUCACCCUAAGAUGUUUAAAAGGAAACAGACAUGGUAUGUCUAUAUAUACUUGAAUUCUAGAAAAAUUGGGCUUUUCUUAACAGGUUAACAGUUUGUGCUUAUCAUAGGAGAUUUACCAUUUCCUCUUUUUUUGGCAAGGGUUGCAUGUGAAUUAUAGUUUUUUUAGUAUUUGGUUAAAUAAUGAAAACAACUAGGCUGGCAAAACCCCAUAUCCAGAUGGCCAGCUAUGAGCCAGCACUUAGUUGUGUCAGCCUUGAUUUAUAUUUGUAACCUCAUGGAUGGUUUUCCAAGGUUUCAAAAAAACAACAAGAAAAGAGCUAUCAGUGGGAUUCUGGUAGUUGUUCACUGUCUGCCUCUGUGCUAGUCAGAGUGUCAUGAGCAAGCUCAGACCUGCCACUGGGUAAUCGCAUCCCAGCUCUGGCUUGUCUGUGUGUGGCCACAGCCAGUCAGUGUGGGACGGUUAUCUUGCAACCUUCAUGAAGGCUAUGAGGACACCUGUAGAAUGUUGUAGCUCCAGACAGUUAAAGAUGGUUGUUCUGUUUCCUUUUAUCUUUGCAGAUCUUUACGUUUGCUACUGUUUUUAUGGCGAGGCAAACAUUGGUGGUCUGGCUACCAUAUUCCAUCCUCCUAGCAUAACUUAUGUAACGCUAUCAAUGAAUGUCAUUAUACUCUGGCUUUUUAAAUUAGGCAACAUUUUCUGGUUUUCAGAGGGGCCAUGGUUAUGCCCAGAGAAAUGAUCAGGAUCCUAUUUACAUAAAGCUUAUUAGAAUACCUGCUCCUUCCUUUUUUGAAGGAAAUAGAUUUCAGGGUUGAGAACAGCUCUAACUUACUUGAACUUGUAACAGAACUCCCAAAAGUCAAAGUGCUGAAAAAUGGCAGUGAAAUAUCAUUGUAAGGCAGCUAGUUCUAAUUUAGAUUUGAAUUCUAACAAAUUUUAUCACUUUUCACAAAUAUAACACCUGGAUUUGACCCCUUUAUUCAUAUAUCAACCACAUUUGUAGCUCUACACUAGUUAGCAUUUUUAUGACGUUUUCUUGCUUAUAUAUUAUUAUAAAAUCCAGAUUGUUUUUACCACAUGGUAGGUGACAUUAUCCCAGAUGAAAUCCUGAGCUACAGCUUCAAAAGGACACUUUUUAUUUUGCAAAGGUAUUAAACACUUCUGUCAUUUUUCCAAUACUCAGUAAGUAGCCUUAGUACAAAUUUAAAACCAGUACAAAUUUUAUUUUUCUUCACCUACUGGCCUUAGUUUUAGUCCAAAUGCUAUCUUCCUUGUCAUGCCAUUAGGCAGAUACUUCCACCUACUUUUAUGACUCUCCAGCUAGAAAAGUACUUGCUAAAACAUAAAUGUAAAAAACAACUUUGGUCGUGCCUUAGGAAAACAUGAGACUGAACAGUUACAACACACAGCCCAUAAGGCUGUUAUUUAUUUUACCACAAAAGUCUGACUUCUGGGUACAUUUCAUGUGCAGCUACCUAGGCUGUCAGCAAUCUUACAUUUUUUAAUGAGUUCCAUUUGUUUCACACCAUUGUCUUUUGUACUUUUCCUUCAAGAUAUACUUCUGCUUAAAGAAUCUAUAUAUAGAAACAGAGGCAACUCCUUAAUGGUAAUGCUGCUAAACAUUGGGAGACAGAGGUGUUGCAGUUAAAGUCUAAAGUCACAGUAAGGGCAUAGAGAGCACACCCUGAGCAAAGCCCUUUAGAGCAGUUUGUUGAAUAGCAGUUCAGCCAUCACUUGUUGAAUAAAGUUGUCCAGCACCUUCCUGGAGAAGCAUGGACACCAGUGGGUGACUUGUAACAUUGUGGCCAAUUUUUCAAAGACUUGUUUCUAUUGUGAAAACAGACAACACGAAACAUUUUACAAGUGUUGAGCAAAGGGCAGAGACUAAAUCCAGUCUCUUUCAUUUUCCAAAUUAGUUUUUGCCCCACUGGCUCUCUUUUUAGCAACCUAAGUAUUAGCACACUCAAGGCCUUGUAUCUGUGCCACAGGUGGUAUUUUGGAAAUACUGCUGACCUUCAGGGUAAUGCUAAAUCGUCUUUAUGUCAAUGGCUUUGUUUUUUCUUUCUAGGAUUCUGGGUGGGCAUUACAGGGUUGUAUUACUACCCCUCUCCCUUCCCUUUAUUUUCUUGGAAGACUUCCUGUUAACUAGAGUGUACAAAACACACUCACACACAAACCUGUUUCUUGCUGAGCAAAUAAUGGUUUUGCAUAUCACCUGAUGUGAAAGAUGCUCAUCUGUGAGCCCUAUAGCAAAUUAUAUUUUAGAAAACAAUACUUUAUGAAGAUAUGAAAGAGACAGUUUGCUUGCACAUUUUAAUAUUUUUCCUAUGCUGUCAUUUUCACUUCAGAAAAUAGAAAGCAAUUAAUUUUUUUUUUAAGGAAAAAUUAGGUGAAAAGUGGUUGUGUUAAUCAGAUUGAUCACUCCUCCCCACCUUGGUACUUUCAUGAAACAUUGCCACCACCUGAAGUGAUCUCUUUCAUCCUUGUGAUAUUAUAUAAAUUGAUCAUUAACAGGAGAAACAUUCAUUUGAAUAAUCUACAAAUGAGGACCCAAAACAGUGGUAUUUGGUUUAGUAGAAUUCAGUGAAAUAUUAUGGUUUGACCUUAGUGCAAAAUUUCCAGGACUGUUAAUCUGGGCUUUCCCUACUCUAAAAGGAUUUUUCUUAUACUAAGAAGAGGAGGUGUGAGUCAAAGAAAAUUAAAAGACCAAAAAUUUCAGGUACACAAUACAUGAAAGUCUUUAAAUGCCUGCAAAAACAAAGUUCUAUUUUAAUACAAACACCUUCCAAAUUUAGCCAAUGCCCCUAAAAGUCUAAUAAUUUAAGGUUUUCUUAUGAGUUUUAUGUGUUUCAUAUUACUUUGCUCUUGAAAAAACAGUGUACAGUUUUAGCUCUUUCUGCAUUUUCAUGAUAGAAGAAAUUCUUUUAACCCUAUGAUUUAUGAUGUGCUACUAGAUAAACAUUUGUGUAAAACUGAGGUUUCAAGGAGAACCAGUUAUAUUGGAAUUUGCAACUAUGUGGCAAUUUGCAGAUCUACCUCUGUCUUACAUCUUAUAUCAGUGCUAUAAUAUAAUUAAUUUGAUUACUUUGUCGUGUUUUUUAGUGUCUAAAAUUACAGCUUGUUCACUAUGUAGUAAACAUUUGGAAAUAAUGACCAAAAUUUGGCUAAAAGUAAACACCUGGGGCAGGGGGAACUGUAAAAUGGAAAAAAAGAAAAAGAAUGGCCAUACCUAUCUGACUGGAAAAAUUCAGUGCUGUUUUUUAAAUUGUUGCACUUCCUUCAAGAAUAAGGAAACUUUUUUAUUUUACUGUGUAGCUGUAGUUGCUGGAUGGGAAUAAGUUGCCACUAUUGCCGAGGUUUAUGUGAGCAUGCCACUGGACUUAGUUUCUCCCAUUGGAGAGGAAAAAUCUCUCCCCUAUCCUCAGAUUCAGUAGUUGGGGGCCUGACAAAUGACAGAUUAGCAAGGGAAAAGGCAGACUCUUGUUCACAUACCUACACGGGAGUUAAGGGGAAAAUGUGACUCUAGACAGAAUUUGGGACUUAAUAAGGAAAGGGGUGGGAGAGAAAGAGCACUUACAGGAAAACAAAUGACAUUUAGGAAAGAUUAGGGGCCCUUAGGGGAAUAGAUAGGAGACAUGAUAGUUUUGUGACAAUGUCUGUUCAGGUGUAGUAUGAAACUCCCAGGGGAGAGUAUUUAUGACCGUUGAGUUCUUUUGGGAGAUUCUACUUUUAGUCAGAUAAAGGAACUUCAGAAAAAAAGGCUUGUUUCUGCAUUGCUGAUUCCCACAUGCCUUCAGCUCAAACUAAUUCUCGUACCACAGUGGUGUAUUCUGCACACCUUUUCUUCCCCUGUCUAAAACCUCCCAAGAAGUUUAACAGAUCAGAAGUUUAACAGUUGGUGGCUGUGGAGCAAUCUGUGUUAAAAGAUGGGAAGUUGGAGAUCUGCAAAGGAAAAGACAUAGAUUUACAGAGAAACAAAAGGGAAAACAAAAAUUAAUAGUUAGAGCAGAUCAUAAACUCAAUUUUUGAGUCCAGGAGGCAGUCAAAAGGAUUUCUAGAUGUUGGUCUUGAAGUGUCUUUAGAUGGUGGAAUGAGGACGGUAGUGACCACCUCACAGUCAUGGUUAUUUCCUGGAGCUCAGAGAACUAUGUUCUGCUGAACUUCUUGAGUGGUGUGAACUGUGGCAGUGACAAAACCUUUACAGUUAUAACAAGUAGUCCAGCUUCAGCUUGCAGGGCUUCAGGAAAAAGGCAGUUUUAGUUGUUAGUGAUGCCAAGUCAGGAGUGGAAGAAAACUGGAAAUGUUAAUCACUGACAAAAUGCACAAGAUGGCAAGAUCCAACUUACAAACAGGUAAAUAACUCAAAGAGUAUGAACAGGACUAGAAUCUAGUUUUCUAUUGAAACAAAAUUUCCCUUUAUAAUCACCCUCAUUUUUAUCAAAGAUAAUCAGGGUAAGACUAUUUUUGUUUGCAAAACAAGUCUAGUCUCAUCAUACUUGGCCUGAUUGUUUACAUACAAGAAUAAUAAUUGAUGACAUAGGCCUCUUAAAGUUUGUUUUGCUGGAACUUUUAUUUAGGAAUCUCAGACUGUACUUUUUAAAGCCUUGAGGCUGGGGAGCCAAGCCAAGAACUCACCAUCAGACUUCACAUGCAGCACCUGCAGAUUUAAAUGAAUCCCUCCUCAGGGUUCCCACAAUGUUCUGAGCUUCCUGGGCCUGCCAUGGAGUGGCCUUCCUUACCUGUAAGGCUGGGAACCCUGUAAGGGUGCCAGGCCAGUUUUCCAGGAGAGCUUUGUAAGCACUGGCUCCUUUAAGUCAACCUUAGUUCCUUAGAACUCUAUGCACAUUUUCUCAAAUAUUACAUUCUAGUCAAAGCCUUGGUAAUAUAAUCAGUGUUUCCAAUUCUGUCCUGUUACAAGGAGAACAAAUUCUUAUUGAACAUAUUCAAAUAACUAUUGCCAUAAAAAUAAGAAUAUUCAAUAAGAGUUUCCAAAUUUUGGAGGAAUUGGGCAAGGAGAAAAGGUAAAUGUUUCAUUUUUGUUUACAAAGAUAUAAUCUACUAAAUUCUGCAAGUCAUAGAUAGCUUAAGAGUAAAGGUGUUCCUUCAGUCUGGAAAAUAGGACAUUAAACAGCCAGCAAUACUCCAAGCAAAAGUCAUAGAAGAAAUAACAGUUAUUCUUUAUUGGUCUACUCAGUUCCAUGUGAUAAAUCCAGGUCUUAAUUUUGGGUUAGUAGUUUUAUGAACCCAUGAGCUUCUCCAUUAGUUCUGGAAAUCAUUACUUAGUCUAGCGGUGUGAUCUUAAAGUUAUGUAAGCCUGUCAGAAGCCUGUACCCCUGAGUACCUGCUAUUCUCUCAGACAGUCCUUUUUUGUUGAAGAUGAAGCCUAUAGCUGCUUACAAGAGUUUUCAGAAAAGUAUCAGAGUAAAAUAUCUGUGAAUGACAAAAGGCUUUAAAUGACCAUGGUUAAAGAUCUGAUGAGAGUUCAUUAUAACACAAUUGACAAGGAAAUUUAGUUGUUUCUGUGACAUUCAGCAUUUUAAGAUAACUGGAGUUAUGACUGAUCACAUUAUGCCAGGGUAUAAUAAUAUGGACAGCUAUGAAACUAAAAGGUUCUAAAAUUUCAUUCCGUUUCUGAACUAUUUAUAUUAAUAUACACCCAUACAAAUAUAAACUAGGGAGGGUUAAGCAUCACUUCUUAUUUGACAAUGCUUGCUAUGCAAGUUCACAUAUCAAAUUGAAUUAGUUCAACAUUGUUGUUUGUACAAGGUAAAAGAACAAAUCUUUUGAGAUUUUUCAGGGACCCUCCAGGAAAUCUCAAGUCAGAAGUAAAAAAAGACUUCAUUUAGAAUUUGAUUUGGGAAGUUGUCAAAAGGUUUGAACACUUGAUUAAAUAAGGUCACAGGUCACUGUGAAACAAUAUUUUAGUUACCCAUGUAACCAGGUGUAGGUAAAACUAUAGCCCAGAGGCCAAAUCCAGUCUUCAGUUGUAUGGGCUGCAAAGUAAGAAUGAUUUUUCUAUACAUUCUAACAGUAUUGUUUAAACAUACAAAAAGAAGACGACCUGCAAAGCCUCAAAGGUUCCCUCUCUGGUUCUGGGAGAUCUUCAGCAAAUGAGCUCCAUAGUGGAAAUCCCAAAGUACUUCUUACUGCCCUUCUCUGCAUGGUGAUUUGGUGUGUAUUUGUCAGAAUGAAAUAUUUUAUAGAUUUGAGACAUCUCUCACUUCUUUGUGUUGGAUGUAAUCAUAAGAUUUGUGUCUAAAUACACUAUAAAAUUAUUUCCUCAUAGUUUUACUAGACUGGGAACAGUCUGCUGCAAAGUGCCUAAACCUUUGGGAAAAUUACAUGAUUUUGUUUGUUAUAAAAGAAAUUCUGUUCCAUACUGUAAAGUCGAAAAAUGCUAGUUGCAUUCAUCUUUUGAGUUGACUUCCAGAAAGUUGAGCUCUUUAGACCAGUUUUUCUCAUGCCAUAUAAAAUGUGUCAUAGUAGUUGCAAAGGAACUAAUAAGCUAUGUCAUUGUCAUGCAUGCUUGUUUUUCCCCAAAAGGAAAAAUUCAAAGUUCUUUCUACAAUUAGCCCUUGUUUCUUUUUGGCUCUUCUUUGUAGCGCUAAAUUGUUUAAUACCCAUUAAUACAUGAAUCUGUCAUCAAUUUCUGUUUAAUGUACUGACCGGGCAUUGUUUACUGUCAAGCCUUACCAUACUUUUAAUGUUUCUGAGUCAUAUAUCAAUGUGACCAACUGAUAAACUAUUCAAGUUAAUAUAUGGUUUCCUAGUUUCAUUUUGGGGUAGAUGUUUGUUCUGCUAGCAAUUAUUUAAUAAACAUAGGUUGUACUGAAUCUAAAUAAGGAACUAGCCAUUUUUAGGUGAUCCUCAGAUCUGCUUAUUAACUUUUUCCAUUUGAUUUGCCAGUGCCACAAUCAUUUUUCUAGAAGAUAGUAGAAUUAUGUAUAUUUAUCUAAUCUGCUAUAAUCUAGUCUAUAUAUCAGCAUUAAAUUACCCUUCUCUGGGUGACAGUAUUAAAUGAUACUAUUUCAAA